AUCCAUUUUUGAAAAAAGAAAAACAAGUGUCUGUCCCCCCACACACAUUGUCAAAUUGCCCACAAAUGCAUCACAAACCAGGUAAAGUGUUUUUGCUUGUAGACAGCGAUCAAGCUCAUUUAACCGCUUAAAAUGCCUGGAAAAUGUAAAUUCCAAGAUUCGUGGCUGACAAAGGACGCCUUUAAGGGGUGGCUGGUUAGGGAUGCAGAUGACAUUCAUUUCGCCCGCUGCAGGGCCUGCUGUAAAUCAAUCAAACUUCAAACCAUGGGCGAGGCUGCUCUCACCAGCCACGCGGGGGGAGCUGGCCAUAAAGCCGCCGUCCGCAAACUCCUGCAAGGCUCUUCAGUAAAUGAUGGUGUACAAAUGAUUGGCAGCAUGAAUUGGCUGGAGGACAGCAAGGCGCCUGUGGCCAUCUGUCUUCAGCGUGGAGCUUUGGAGAGAAUAACGGGAAGCUGGUCAGAUCCGCGUCAUAGCCCCACUUCCCAUAAUCCAGAGCAGCAGGACGUUGCAUUUCCUGCUGCCUACUUCACUGCACCAGGAAGCUCCAGGCUCAUGGGCCAGCGUCUCCAUCCAUCAGAAAGUGAGAUGGAAGACCCAGGCUGCCGCCUUGCUCAGCAUGAGGCCUUGAACCUUUCAAGACUGGAGUACCAACAGAGGACUGAGGCCUUGGAGCAGCAGCAUCAGAUGAAGAUGCUGGAGUGGGAGAACAGGAUGAAGGUGCUGGCGUGGGAACAGGAGCUGCUGAGGGACAAAAGCAGAGCAGCCCGUCAGAAGGAGAAGGCUUUCAGGAUGAAGAAGGCAUACUACAAGGCCAGGCUGAGAAUGCUCGGAGAGGAUGUACCCCCGUCUUCCUCCAGCAGUGGGGAUGAAGAAGAGAAAGCAUCAGAUCUAACUGGUUGAACA